AGAUAAUUGAACAAAGACUUCAUUGGAAAUUCAAGCCAAACAAGAGGAAGGAGGACACCCGAAUCGUCAUCAUGCCAUGCAAGAGUGACGCCACAGCGUGUGUAACAGAACCACGAACCACAACAACCAUCUCAAGAACGCCCGUUCACUCCACUGGCCACUGGUGGCUGUGAGCUUCCACAACACGUAACCUAUGCACACACACACACACACACCCGCCCCCGAAAACGUGUGCCACGCAUGAAGGUGUACAUUCAUUUUCCCCACGUGCUGAUGUGAUACGGCCUUUCAAAGGAAGAAGGGAGCAACCCUUGCCAGCCAGCAUGAGUGACAAAGACGCACGUGACGCUGAAGUCUCGCAGGUCCACGAGGACGACAGCAACAACGAUGACUCCCAACAAGCACCGACUAUGAAGCCCGUGGGCUACUUUGAGCUGUACCGUUUCGCUGACGCACUCGACUGGGUUUUCAUCGUCGUUGGAUCCAUUUGCGCACUCGUCCAUGGCAGCCUCACCCCAGCAUUUGUCGUGUUUUUUGGAGACGUCAUUGACAGCUUCAGCGCCACCGCAGACCAGAGUAAGCUACUGGACAGCGUGGCAGACGCCAGUGUGAUCAUCAUGUACUUGUCCUGCGGAGCUGCUGUGACCUCGUACGUGCAAGUGGCGGCGUUCACGCUGGCCGCUGAGCGCCAGAGCCUGCGCAUCCGCAAGCUGUACUUCAAGGCCCUCGUGCGCCAGGAGAUGGCCUGGUACGACCAGCAGAAGACCGGCGCCCUCUCCUCCCGCAUCUCCAGCGACGUUCCCCAGAUCCAAGAGGCGCUCGGCGACAAGGUCGCCAGCUUCCUCCAGUUCCUCGGCAUGUUCCUCGCUGGAUACGUUGUAGGCUUUGUGUAUGGCUGGAAACUGACGCUGGUCACCACGGGCAUGGUCCCUCUCAUCGCCAUUGGCUCGGCAAUCAUGGGCAAGUACAUUGCACAGGCGUCCUCGGGCGGGCAGGGCUUCUACGCAGCGGCGGGCAGCGUUGCAGACGAAGUGAUUCGCAUGAUCCGCACCGUCAUUGCCUUUGACACGCAGGACCGCGAGGUGGAGCGCUACCACAAGGAGCUCGAGGGCGCAUGCAAGGCCGGCGAGCGCGGUGGUCUCAUCCAGGGCUGUGGGGUGGGCUUCACGCUGAUGCUCACCUUCCUCACCUACGCGGUGGCGUUCUGGUUUGGGUCCUACCUUGUUGGGGAGGAGGAGCUGACAACUGGGCAGGUGUUGACGGUGUUCUUCUCAGUCAUCAUCGCAGCCACAUCGAUUGGCCAGGCAACGCCCAACAUCAAGGUGAUGGCUGCUGGCCGCGGUGCUGCGCGCGCCAUCUUCGACAUCAUUGACCGCCCGUCCGAGAUUGACUCGCUGUCCGAGGAAGGCACUGUGCCCUCCAAACUCACGGGCCACAUCCGCUUCAAGGACGUCGACUUCACCUACCCGACCCGCCCUGACGAGCAGAUCCUGCACAAGCUCAACAUCGAGGUGAAGCCGCAGGAGACGGUGGCGCUGGUCGGCGCGUCCGGCUGCGGAAAGUCCACGACCGUCGCCAUGCUGGAGCGCUUCUACGACCCGACGGCAGGCAGCAUUGAGCUCGACGGAACAGACAUCCGCAAGCUCAACAUCCAGUGGCUGCGGUCACAGAUUGGCCUGGUGAGCCAGACCCCGGUGCUGUUCCCCACCACCAUCGCAGACAACAUUGCGCUUGGCAAGGACGAUGCAACAGAGCACGAGGUCCACAGCGCCGCAAGGAUGGCGAAUGCGCACGACUUCAUCAUGGCGCUGCCAGACGGAUACAACACCAUGGUCGGCGACUCCGGCACACAGCUCUCCGGCGGACAGCGGCAACGCAUUGCCAUUGCUCGCGCUCUCAUCAAAGCCCCAAACAUCCUCCUCCUCGACGAAGCAACCAGCGCGCUGGACAACGAGAGCGAGGCGAUUGUGAAGGAGGCGCUUGACCGGGCAUCGACCGGCCGCACCACCAUCAUGAUUGCGCACCGCCUGUCCACGGUGUUCUCUGCAGACAAGAUUGUAGUGAUUGACCACGGGCGUGUGGUGGAGGCUGGCUCGCCGCAGGAGCUGCUUGACCAGCAGGGCGCCUUCUACCGCAUGGUGCAGGCACAGCACGGCCACAGCGGCGACGACAACGGCAGCAGCGCCAACAAGAACGCAAACCUGCGUGGUCGCAUGUCCCUCGACGCGGGCAAGGCGGCCAGCAAGCUGCUGACAGAAGAGCUCGACAUGAGCGACAGCAGCAAACCAGCGGCGCUGGCAAAUGCGUCAUCGUCGCUCUCCUCAGCACAGAACACCAAGGCGGUGGAGGUGAAGCUGACGGCGGACAUGGACGAGUCCGGUGACAACGACAGCGAGGAGGCGCCAAAGGUUGACCGCAGCAUGGUGGGCUGGGCCUUUGAGCUGAACCGGAAGGAGCUGCCACAACUGCUGUCCGGGAGCACGUGCGCAGCGCUGGAGGGCCUGUUGUCCGCAGCCAACGCCGUGCUGCUGGCAGAGCUGGUUGGCGUGCUCAACGACGACAACAGUCAGAAGCGCGUGAAUGCGUUUGCGGGCGCCUUUGUUGGCAUGGCUGUGCUGAUGUUCUUCGUGCAAGUGGGCAAGUUCCACUUUCUGGCGAUUGCCGGUGAGCGGCUGACGAUGCGGUUGCGCGACAUGGUGUUCCGAGUGAUGGUGAGCAAGUCUGCCGGGUGGUACGAUGACCCGCGCCACUCCCGCGGCAUUCUCACCACGCGCCUGUCGUCCGACGCCUCUGCUGUUCGCGGCGCUCUCGGCGACCAGCUCGGCGUUGCCGUCCGCAUUGCAUUCACAGUGAUUGGGUGCAUGACGGCUGCCUGUAUCUACUGCUGGCGCGUCGCACUCGUCGUCCUUGCCACAUUUCCCAUCAUCAUUCUCAGCGCAUCCAUUGAAUAUAAGUUGAUCAGCGGCUUCUCAACGGGCAAGGCCUUUGAGCGCUCUGGGAAGUUUGCCAGUCUCGCUGUCGAGGAAGUUCGCACCGUCGCCUCCCUUGGUCGACUGGACACAUUUGUUCAAGACUAUGCUCACACGCUUGAGGCUCCUGCCGCCAUCAUGCGAAGGAAGGCACACAUUCAGGGCCUUGUUUUUGGCUUCUUUGAAUUUAGUGUAUUUUCCGUGUGGGCGCUCGGCUUCUGGUACGGUAGUCGGAUUGUUGACAAUGGCCACUGCACCUUCAAUCACAUGUUUGCAGCACAAGUGUCCAUUAUCUUCAUGGGAGUAUUGACCGGACAAGCAAGCGCUCUCGCACCGAGUGCUGCCAAGGCAAAGCAAGCGGCUGGUCGCCUGUACACGAUGAUCGAGACACACAAGGAGGAACAAGAGGCCGAGGCGGAGAAGAAGUACGUGCGGCCCGAGAUUACGGGUCGCGUUGAGUUCAAGGACGUCGACUUUGUGUACCCGACGCGCCCCGAUGCGCAGGUGCUGUCCAAGCUGAACCUGUCGGUGGAGGCCGGCAAGACGAUUGCCCUGGUCGGCCAGAGCGGGUGUGGCAAGAGUACGAUGAUUUCGCUGAUUGAGCGGUUCUACUCGCCCGUUGGCGGCAAGAUCCUUGUGGACGGCGUGGACGCGGAGAAGAUUGACCCGGGCCACCUCAGGAAACACAUUGCCCUCGUCACCCAGCAGCCUGAGCUGUUUGCGUCUUCCAUCAAGGAGAACAUUGCAUACGGCAUCCCCGAAGACGUGCCCAUGGAGCGCAUUGAGGAUGCGGCGCGAAAGGCCAAUGCCUAUGAUUUCAUCCAGGAGUUUCAGGACAAGUUUGACACGCUCGUUGGCGAGAAGGGCGCGCAGCUCUCCGGUGGACAGCGCCAGCGCAUUGCUGUUGCGCGUGCACUGGUGAGGGCAGACGACAUCAAGAUUUUGCUGCUGGACGAAGCUUCCGCUGCCCUGGACACCAAGAGCGAAAUGCUCGUGCACGAGGCCUUGGACAGGACGAUUGUGAUAUGAGCAGGCAGAAUGUGAAAGGCUUGGUUGCUUCUGUUGUGUUGUGUACGUGUACUUGGUGGUGUGUUUGUGUGUGCACUUGUAAGGAACGAUGGGUGCGUUGAGGGCGCAGCUGUCAAUGCUGUAACUGUGGUCGCACUUGAAUUGAAGGACUUGGCGUUGAUCUAGGCGCAUUCGCAUGCAACUCGUGCUGAUUGGGUUUGCGUUGGCCACUUUGUGAAACUUGCAAGCAACAAAGGUGUGCUGUUCGUUUUGAGGCUGAUGUUCGCUUCUGCUUCGUAAAUUUGCUUGCUGAUAUGCAACAGAACACUCUGCUGGUACUUGGGGACUUGUCGAACGGAAACACAUUGUAAUGUGGUGGCCAGUAACGGAAAAUCAGAGAAAG